AUGCAUGUUAGUUGUGUCGUAUUGGCGGUGACUGCCGCCAUCUUCUCCUCCCUCUUCAUCUGUCCAGACACCGCAAACUGCGGCAUUGCUGGCCUUCACAAAUGGUUUCGUCAGCGCUUCCCGCAGGCUGUGCGGCAGGUUAAUAAAAAUGAUAUUAUAGAAGUUGAUCAUCUUCUCUUCGACUUGAACCAGCUCCUGCAUCAGGCGGCUCUGACAUCGCCUUCAUCCUUUUCAAGAAAAGAAAAGGGUUCCCCUGCUGAGGGGGCCCCUGGUGUGCUCCCCCCGGGGGGUCCUAUGGGGGCCCCCAUGGGGGCUGUGGGUGGAGGCCCCCUGAUGGUCGCUGAAGGGGCCCCCCUGGGGGCCCCUAGUGGUUCUUCUCUGAGUAGCAGUGCUGCAGACAGCCGCGUGUUGCAUGCGCUGUGGUGUAUAAUUCGUAGCACAUUUCGGCGUUUCAAGGUGAAGAAGAGUGUUGUGUUUGCAAUAGAUGGAGUGCCUCCUCUGGCUAAGCUGGGGAUAUCACAGCUGAGGAGACAGAGAGCAGCGCGAGUGGGGCUUUUAUCUGCAUGCAUUGAGCGGAGUCUAGCAGGGCCCCCUCAGUUGCCAACAAACACAAGCACAAGUGCCAUACAAACGGAAACGAAAAACAAGGAAGAGACAGAUGAACAACAAGGAGAAGCAAGACAAAUCAAUGGAGACAACGAUACACCAGCGCCAGCAGCAGCAGCCGCAGCAGCACCUAAGAGGUCCUCCGCUUACAGCAUUCCUUCUUUUCUACUGUCUCCUGGGACAUACUUCAUGCGGCGAGUGGAGACAGAGUGUAAAAGACUGGCGAAGCAACUCCUUCGGUCGGGUCGUAUUAAGGCCCCAAAGGUUUUUCUUUCGGGUUCGUCUUCGUUUGGAGAGGGGGAGUUGAAGUUGGCGAAUUGGAUUUGUGAGGCUUCAGAGAGGGGACGGCGAGAAAAAGAAGACAAGGAAGAAAAAGAAGAAAAGAAAGGAGGAGGAGAGAAGGAAAGAAAAGAAAACAAAGAGUUUGAUAUGCUGAACAUGGGGCCUAAUGAUAGUAUUGUUAUUAUUGGAGGAGAUGCAGAUUUAGUUGUUCAGUGCCUCGCUCUACCUUCUUCUGCAAAUCUCUUUGUCUAUACACCCCAAAAUAUCGCCAACUCUAAGAACACGAGAGGAAACUCCCACCUCGCACGAAACGACCUCGCCCUUCUGUGCAUUUUAAACGGAAAUGAUUAUCUCCCUAAACUGCCUGGCUUCUCCUUCGCUCGAUUUAUUGCUGCUUAUGAGGCAACCAGACGCAGGCCUGAAUUUCGUAGUUCUUCGUGGGUGGAUGCUGCGGGGCGUUCAUUUAAUUGGGAAUUUUUUGUUGUUUUGUUGGAGGAGUUAUCUCGUCUUCAGAGUUUUGAAUUAGUGAUGAAACAGAGAGAAGAAGCUUUAAAGCAACAGCAGAAGAAAGCAAAAGAAGCCGCAGAUAAAACAAUCUAUAAAGCCUCUCCAUUGCAAAUAGUGAAUCAACUUGUCGCGCAGAAAAAACUCCUCGUUUUCAAUGACAAUGAUAAUGCGUUCGAGUGUACAGACACCCCAACGCAGCAUAAAUUGCAAUGGAGCUUCCAGCAACACGAAAAUGGAUUUCAAUGCGACAUCGAGUCCCAGUUAAGAGGGGCCCCUACCAGAAACCCUGCACAAGCAGAGGGGCCCCUCGACGCCAACCAGCACAACCCCACCAACUCUGUUGAAGGGCCCCUUCAGGAUGAGGGGCCUCUUCAGAAUGGGGUGCCCCUUCAGAGUGUGGGGCCUCAUCAGGGUAGGGGGCCCCUUCAGGAUGUGGGGCCCCAACUGACUGGGGGGUCCCAUCAGAAUGGGGGGCCCCAUUUGAAUGGAGGGCCCCUUCUUCAGGAUGUGGGGCCUUUGCAGAGUGUGGGGCCGCACAGUUUUGAGGGGCGGUUGGGGGGCGUUGCGAGCAGCGCAGCAGACAAGAAGACAGCGCAGCAGAAGGCAGCAUUGAAGCUGCUGCAGCAGCACUUCCCUCAGCUGCUGCAGUUGGUCGAAGACGGACCCUGGAACGAAGCCAGAAGCGCAACGCAGGCAGAACAAGAGAUGAGGGAGGGGAUCGAUCCCGAUCCCGAUCCCGAUCCCGUUUCUGCUGCUACCUUUCUGAAGGCUGCUGCUGUCCUUCGCGCCACCACUCCUUCCAAUACUUUGAAUAAUCUUUGCUUGGCUGCUCUGCACAGCCCCCCAACUUUUUGUUUUGUUCAAUGCACAGCAGCAGAAACAAAGAAGGAAAAUAAAGCAGACGAAAGUACUCCUAAUGAUGACAACCAAACAGCAGCAGCAGCAGCAGCACCAGAAGCAGCAGCAGCAGCAGCAAUAGCAACAUCUACAGCUGCAGGAACAGCAGCUGCAGCUCCAGAGGCAGCUGAAGCAGUACCAGCAGCAGCACCACCACCAGCCCCAGAAUCAGCAGCAGCUGCAGCACUAGCAGCUGCAGCACCAGCAGCGGCGGCACCAGCAGCAGGAGCAGCAACAGGAGCAGCAGCAGCAGCGCCUUCUGCUUCGGCUGGAGAUGGGUAUCGGGCUGAGGUCGUAGUGGGAGGCCGAGUAAUAUUUUCGUGUCUGCUGCAGCUGCAGCAAGGGACAGCAAAAGGCAAACUAAAACAUGCAGUUAGCAUGAGGGCACUUGAGGAGUUUGCUGCUGGGCUGUAUUUGGCACUGAGGGCGCAGGGCUGGGACAAAGACGGAUCGCAGUCUGCGCCCAGUGGCUGUAGCGCCUCUGCAGCAGCAGCAGCAGCAGAAGCAACGGAAGCAGGUGCAGCAGCAACAGCAGCAGAGGGAGGAGCAGCAGCGGGAGGGGAAGCGGCUGCAGCAAGCGAACCAAAGGGAGCAACAGCAGCAGCAGCAGCAGCAGCAACAGGGGAAUUAGCAGCAGCAACAGCUGCUGCUGAUUCUUCUGCUGCAGCAGCAGGGGCAGCUUCGGAGGAGGCCAGCGCAGCAGAAGAACGCGAAGCAGAUAUAUAUCUUGAAGGUUUGUUAUGGAAUUUGCAGAUGUAUAUCUACGGCCUUUGCUGCGACAACUUUUGGCAUUUCCCCUUUCCCUCCGCUCCUUCUCUCCUUGCACUCAGACAAACUGUACGUAAACGCAUGCAGGCAGCAGCAGCAGCAGCAGCAGCAGCAACAACAACACUCCCAGAAGCACCAACUGCAGCAGGAGCAGCAGUGCAAGCAGCACCAGCCCCAGCAGCAACACCAGCAACAACAGCCCCAACAGCAGCAGCACAAGCACCUGCAGCGGCAGCAGCAGCAGCGGCAUCAUCAUCAUCAGCAGUAACAGCAGCAGCAGGAGACGGGCUUCCGGCCGCAGCUCCUUCACAUUGUUCUCCUUCGCCAGUACCGGAGUGUCUGUACACCGCAGCCCUUCUUUCGAAGGCCUCCCUUCUCGCCCUCGAGGAUCGGGAAAGGGAGACAAGGGGCUCCCAGGGGGCCCCCAUGGGGGGCCCCCUGGGGGCCCCCCUAACGCAGCGAUUGCUUGCAGCACGGCGGCUCUUAGAGGCUAUAGCAGCAGCUUCAACUUCUUCUGUUUUACAUGCAAAUGAGAAAGAGUUACAGGGGCUAGAGCAGCAGCAAAAGGACAUUAAAGAGACAGAAAAGAAUUCUAAUAAAGGGCACCGAGAGAAAAACAAAGAAAAACAAAACACCAACAAAGACCUCCGAAUCAACGCAAGCACCGUCUUGCUCGCGAUGCGUAUGCUAGAGCAGCAAAAGCAGCAGCAGCAGCAGCGGCAGCAGCAGCAAGACCAGCAGGGGCAGCAACAGAAGGACCAGCAGCAGCAGUUGUUUCCCUUGUGUCUCGCAUCUGAGACAGUCGUCUCGCAUGCGGCUUCUCUCUUCUCAGCUGGCAGCAGCAGCAGGAGCAGCAGCAGUAGCAGCAGCUGGACAGUGUUUAAGCGCGGAAGUGGGGGCCUCUCUUCGUUCCGUAUUAGCGAGUCGAGGGCCCCUAUUUUUGCUGCUGCUGGCCUCAGCAGACCCUGGGACAAGCCCCCCACCGAUGUGCACCGCUGCUUCUUCUCUCUCCGCAUCACCCCACGAAAAGCAAAACAUAUUCAAUCACUAAAUCUUCAGCAAGGCAGCAGCAGCAGCAGCAGCAGCACGGCUGGAGAGGUGGGGCCCACAGCGAGUAGCAGCGCCGGUGCCGAAGCGGCCACAAAGCCACUCUAUGCUCUUCCAACUCGUCCCCGCGUAGGGGCCCCCUGCGUGGGGGCCCCCUGUAGGUCCCAGGGCGCCCCUGGCUGGCACUUAGGGGGACCCCCAGGGCCCUCAACUGUGCUGCAUGCAUUGCAACCUCCUAAGAGCAAUUGCUGCAGCGCAGUUAGGGGCCCCCCACGGCGUUUAGGGGUCGGGGGGCCCUUCUGCACGGACUGUCAACUGAGGGGGGCCCCCCUUAACCGAUGGUUCCUGGGGGGCCCUGGGGGCCCCCGGGGGUCCCUAAGAGGGCAGCACAAGUGCUGCCAGAGGAAGCGAUAA